AUGACUCGCAUUGGUAGUUUAUUUACCAUGUUUACACAUUUGAUCACCAUUAAGACCGAUUUCUUCAUCGGGGUAGUCCAUAUUUUGCAAGAUCAAAAGAUCUUGAAUCAAGCCUCGAAGGCUGCAUUGAAGCUUCUGGUGGAGCUUUGUCCUUGGGGAAAAAACCGAAUCAAAUUAGUCGAAGCCGGUGCAGUUUCGGUCCUAAUAGAGCUUCUUCUUGACACAUCAGAAUUGAGAGCUUGUGAGCUUGUUCUGAUUGUGUUAAAUCAGCUAUGCAGUUGUGUAGAAGGGUUUUCAGCAACUGAUAGGGUUCUUGAGGAAAUGUUGCAAGUGGGUGUUGUUUCAAAGUUAUGUUUGGUGCUUCAAGUGGACAACAGUCUUAAGGCCAAGGAUAGAGCCAAAGAGAUCCUCAAAUUGCACUCUAGGGUUUGGAAGAACUCUUCCUGCAUUCCUCCUCCUUUGCUCUCUUCUUAUCCAACUUGUUGA